AUGGAAUCAACAACAGAGAAUCCUCCGACCUCUAGCUGGCAGCCCACAACGUCCGAAGCAAUUCCACCAACCACGAUGUACUAUCGAAAACGACGAGACGGAUCAAAUGAUGGACUUGAAGUGCGUAAAAUGAAAGACGGUAGUCAGACUUGGGAUCCUACAGGAAAACCCGAGAAGGAUAUUCCUGAGAUAUUCUGGCAACAUGCUCGAUGGAUUCGUGAAGAAAUCUUUAUCUACUGUCCUACCAUGGCUUUUAAUCUGUUUGGACGAUUAGACAAGCUUCAAGAUAAAACUAUCACUCAAUACUGUAACAAAGUUGAUCCCGCAGAAGUUUUCUGCAGCCCAGACGAUGAUGGUGCUGGAGGAUACCCGACAAUGCCACCGAGUACUGAAGAACCAGCCACCGAAGAACCAACUACUACGGUCCCUGUCGAAACGACGGAGCCAUACGAUACUACUUCUACUAGCAACGUUUACUCCACUUACGUUGAUACUACUACACCCGAAAUCGUAACAGACAUCUGGACUACUACCAACAAUCCAUACUGCGAGUCUCGAAAGGACUGUUCCGAUAUGUUUCCUAGCCAGUGUCCAGAAAGAAACUCGUGCGCUUGUAAAAGUGGCUCUUGCGUGAAUCGAGAGACAACAACUGAAAUGUAUACUUCUCAUGAGUAUACAACACCUAAAGUGUCGACGACUUCUUCAACCACCACAAGUAAAACAACUACAACCACUACCACUACCACCACAACAACCACAACAACAACAACAACAACUACUACUUCUACUACUACAACCACUACUAUGCCGGACGGUUACUGCAUAAGUCACAAGGAUUGCCGAGACGCCGAUUCAGUAUGCUACAGUGCCAAAGACUGCGUCGAGAUCGCCCCAGAUACUUGUCCUUCACGAAGUUCUUGCCGCUGUUCGAAAGGAGAAUGUAAACCAAAACCAACAACGACAACAACCACUUAUAGCAGCACAACAACUUCAGAACCAACUACCCCAGAAUACACCGUUCCUUCUGGUUGUAAAAACCGGGGCAACUGCGUGAAACUGGAACCUGAAAUGUGCCCGACAAAAACUUCCUGCACUUGUGAUGAUGGAACUUGCGUGCCAAAGACAACUGUUGAUCCAUACGUUACAGCUGGUCCAACUGAUAUGUGCGAAAGCAAAAAAGAUUGCAUGGUUAUUGAUCCCAAUAACUGCCCGAAUAGAUCAUCCUGCGCUUGCAGAAAAGGCGAAUGUGUGCCAGUUGAGUCUACAACUACCACCGAGGCUCCGACAGGAGGAAACGGAGGCUACGGCGACUCUUGUAAGAAUAAGGGAGACUGCGUAAAGAUGUUCCCAGACAUGUGCCCAAAGAAGAGCGCGUGUAAGUGUGAGUCUGGCGAGUGCGUUCAAGUUGAGACUACUACCACCACUGGCUACAUGACUACUACAGCCCCAUCUAACACAUGCUCGAACCGAGGCGAUUGCGUCAAAAUGGAUCCGGACAUGUGCCCAGAGCGAACUAGCUGCUCUUGCACCGAUGGAGAGUGUGUUCCCAAGGAAGUCGUUAACGAAUGCUCCAAUAAGGGCGAUUGCGUCACUAAUAAUCCAUCAAUGUGCCCAACUAAAGCUGAUUGUCUCUGUAAAUCUGGCACAUGUGUAGCAGUUGAAGGAGGUGAUGGAGAUAGUGGAUACGGCGGAGAGACCCCAGUUGAUUCGGAGUACUGCACUUCCAGAAAAUCAUGCACAGAGCUUUACCCAGAUAUGUGCCCAGUAAACAGCUGCAACUGCAAAGCAGGAAUUUGCGAGCCACAAGAGCUCUGCACAUCGAGAAAACACUGCGAAGAAAUGUUUCCUUCGAAAUGCGCGGAACGAGGUUGUCGAUGCGUACGAUCAACUGGCGAGUGCGAAAAACUCGAUGGCGAGGGAGGCGGUGAAGGUGGCGGCGAAGAGGGAGGCUCUGGUGAUGGCGGCGACGGCGAAAACGGUGGAGCAACUACAAUGAGUCCAUACUCGUCCUAG